AUGGAUGAGGUGAUACCAAUUCACGGAACAGACACGGCGGGAACAAUGAUAAUAUAUUCGUUAUUGAGCGCCAGUUCGGUAUCAUGGAUCCGUCACCGCGACCUGCACAUCCUGACGGUGGGCGGUUACACGUACACGUCGGACCAGCGCUUCCAGGCGACGCACUCGCCGCAGACCGACGACUGGACGCUGCAGAUCAAGUGGGCGCAGCAGCGCGACGCUGGCGUCUACGAGUGCCAGGUCUCCACGCAGCCCGUGCGCUCCUUCUUCGUGACGCUCCACGUCGUCGAUUGCGACGAGAUCUACCAGCGGAUGUUUUCUGACGGAGUGCCGUCAGCGCGGAUCCUGGGUGGGCCCGACCUGCACGUGGACAUCGGCUCCACCAUCAACCUGACCUGCCUCAUCCAGUUCAGCCCCGAGCCGCCCGCCUACAUCUUCUGGUACCAUGAGGAAGAGGUGAGAGGACGCAAACAGGUGAUAUCGUACGACUCGUCGCGCGGCGGUGUGUCGGUGGUGACGGAGAAGGGCGCGGCCACCACGUCCUACCUGCUGGUGCAGGACGCUACGCCCGCCGACUCCGGCCGCUACUCUUGCGCGCCCUCCAACGCAGAGCUCGCCUCCGUGCGCGUACACGUGCUCAACGGCGAGCGGCCGGCGGCCAUGCAGACGGGCUCGGCGGGGCUGUCCGACAGCUGGCGCUGCGUGGUGGCGCUGCUGGCGGCGUGCGCGCUGCACGGGCGGCUGCUGCGCGCGCAGCUCGCCAGCUGA